AUGAAAAAAUUUUUUUUUAUCAAAAUAUGGAUUUUCACAUACCUCGUGAUCAUAACCGCAGAACUUUCCAACAUUACUGACAAAUUGAUUCUUGAGCCAAAUAGCCCCGAUGUUAAAUAUUUCGCCGAAAAAGCCUGGUACGGUCUUGAUUUGAGGGGGGAACAUAAAACAAUUAUAGAAAACUGCAUAAAAGCGGACUCCAAGCUUGUACGAAGAGUGGAACUUUUUUAUCAAUACAGCAGCAUCCUCAAAGCCCAGGUGGAGAUUGUUGAUGAAGAGAGGCGGUACAUUAUUUUAGUAGAUUAUAUUGUGCAGGUGAAGAAGAAAAUUAAAUAUACGCCGAUUUCGAAAUCCGUUCCGGUAGAGUAUAAAUGUAUUGUAUAUGUUCACACGGAGGAAAGCAACCCGAUACAAUUGCAAUGUUUCGUAAAUGGCUUUACAUGGACAAAUCUGGAACAAAGAAACAAUGAAAUCGUGUACAAUCGUUACUACUAUGAGCAUUAA